UAAAAAAUUGACGAUUUCAAGCGGCGUGUGUGUGUGUGUGUUGGCCACGCGGUCUUGCUGCUGCUGCUGUUGUCGUGUGGGAACUGCACCCAUGCUGCAGGAGCUGCCCCCAGAGGUGCAGGCGAGGUUGCGCUCAGGAGUGGCCCUAAGCACGGCCAGUCAGUGUGUGGAGGAGCUGCUGCUCAACAGCCUGGACGCGGGUGCCAGCUGCGUGGCGGCACGGCUCCACAUGGAAGACUUCCGCUUCCAGGUGGUUGACAAUGGCAAUGGAAUUACCAGUAAUGAUCUUGAGGUAUUAGGAAAUCGCUACUUUACAAGCAAGUGCCACGAAAUACAAGAUCUUGAGAACCUCCGCUAUUAUGGAUACAGGGGCGAGGCCCUUGCUAGCAUUGCAAGUGUAUCGAGUGUUGUUGAGAUUACUUCCAGAGCAACAUCUUCCUCAAGAACUUACACCAAAGUCAUUCAGGACAUGCAGUCGGUGAUUGUUCAUGAAGCGGAAAAAAUCAGACCAAGCCAUGGAACGACAGUUACUGUACACAAUUUCUUCUAUAACCUGCCAGUUAGAAGGAAGUGCAUUCCACCAAUAUUGGAAUAUGAAAAGAUUCGUCAGAAAAUAGAGGCAAUAGCUCUGGUUCAUCAUCAAGUUUCGUUCACAUUGAAAAACGAAAACACUGGCACUGUUUCUGUUCAGUGCCAGCGUACUAACAGCAUGCUUUCCCGCUUUGGACAGAUAUUUGGGCAGACCAAGGCACAAAGACUCUCAGAGAUAAACUACCAGUCUGAAAAAAUUCAGAUCGCUGGAUAUAUUGGUCGAGAAGGCCAUCACAACAAGAACCUGCAGUUCAUAUAUGUCAAUGGAAGGCUUGUGCUCAAAACAAAACUGCACAAACUUGUUAACAUCUUGAUAAAGAAGUUGAGCAUUAUUUGCAAGCAGAAAAUCUGCCAAAAAUGGGCAUGGAAAGACCCUCUUAUAAGCCCAAGCAAGAAGGAAGGUAGUCUGCGAAAUUCAGAGCUUCAUGGGAUUUUUGUAUUGAAUAUAACUUGUCCCUUGUCUGACUAUGACAUCUGCUUGGACCCUAUGAAAACAUUAAUUGAGUUCCAAGAUUGGGAAAAUGUUUUGGGCUGUGUGGAAACGUCAGUGAAGGAAUUUCUUGAGAGGGAAAAUCUUUCCGCUCGGGAAGAUAUCUCGAGAGAAGACAUUAAGCAAGAGUUGCUGGAUAACGACUUUAUCAUAGGCCAUUCUUGCACAAAAAAUUCAACGGAAGAUGCCAAAGAGUUUGGUGUUCUCGGAGAAUCUCCAGCUAGACCAAGCUUUGCUUCUCUUGAGAUCUAUGGCCCUGAACUUCAGUCACACAGUGUGAAAAGGAAAUGCACAUUUGUUAGUGAAGUACCAAGUAAUUGUCAAGAAACAGUGGUGGACUUUAACAUGGACAAUUUCAAGCAGACAGAGGUGGAAACUGCAGCAGAGCAAGUACCAACAACUGAUAAAAACAUUAACAGUAAAAUAAACGCACCUGCCGAAAGAGACAUAUUUGUAGAUGAGGAGUCCAACCACGAUUCACCUGACAGAGAAAGCUUAGGUGAAACGAGCACAGGAAACAGUGGCAGUGUAAUAUUGGAAUCAACAAGCAAUUUGCCUACUGAUAACACAGUGGAUGAAGAUAAUGUGAUUUGUGAUGAUCAAGGGAGUGUUGGAAUUUCUUUAUCUAGUUCCAAUACAGAUGCCAUUGUCUGUAGUGUCAUACUUGACAAGUCUUCUGAACAUACAAAUAGUGAAUCAUCCAUUGCAGACAUUGCAACGCCGAAUAAUGUUGAAGGGUUUAAUCAUUUAUUGGAUAUUGACAAUGAAACUUGUAUUGGCACAUGCAGUUGCAUGAAUAAAACAUGGGCACAUCAACUUUGUAAGCAGAAAAGACAUCUGGACGCUGAACAUUUUUCUGUGAAAGACACUGCUUCCCAUAACCAUACUUUACAAUUAUGUGGUGUACAACAGCAUAUUAGCACUACCAUACCUGAAGAAUCCAAGUUUGACCCUAUUUGUAGUACCGGAAAGCAAUCGGACAUUUCAAAUCCUGGUUUUCAUCAAGAGAGAAGUACUCAUUUUAAUUCUGCUCAAUGGGGUCCUAAGUCUACACAGGAUAUAAAUAUGGAUUGUUGUGACUUGCCAAGAAGUGAAAUGCUGCACCGUUUUGAAGGAAAUAAGGCAAAACAAGUUUGUCGAAACAACUUACAGGCACACAUGAAAUCAAACGAUUCUACUGAUGGAUGUCAUACUACAAACAUUUGUCAUCAAUUACAUUUAAAACCAUUGAGACCAGGAAAUGCUUGGGAAAUUUUAAAAGCAAACACUGAAAGGAUGGAUGGUGGUCAAAAUGUAGCCGAUCAUGAGGCCAGUGGUGGCGAACUCAAUUGCAUCAGUAGAAGUUGGAAGGAAAUCAGACUCUGUCCAAAGAAACCAUGUGUGAAUCAUAGCCUCUCUCAGCCCACUUCAGAGAGUCUAAAACGAAGGCUCACGGAAGAUAUUCGAAUUGACGGUGAUAUGCGCCGACAGUGCUUUCAAACGGCUGUCGGCAAGCUGCACACUGACUACUUUGACAAAUAUAGGCUGGCUUUGCCCUUUCCACCGAGCAGCACAGUUAAAAAACCAAGUUAUCCCGUCAACAUUUCUUCUAUAACAAACUCUUUGGGAAAGUUCAGAAGAACUUCGGAUGCAAAGUGUGCUACACAGAUUGCGCUUUCUGAAAAUAAAAUGGGCAGUUCCGAGCAUGAAAAUGCUAACAGAGGUUCGGCUAUUUCACACCCUUUGUUUCCACCACUGAGUAAGAACAUUGCUGAAGGUUCUGAUAAUCCUGACACCUUGGCAAAUAAAAUAAAACCAAUAUCAAUUAAAUGUCAGCAAUUUUUGUCAGCAAAAAGUUCCCACAUUUCAUCCAGGGUAUUGGCGUUACAUUCCAGUGAUGCCAAAACAGAAAGAACGUUUUUGCAUCACAAUAGCUUUUCUGAAAUUGCCGCAAAGGAACACAUUAAAGACAGUAGAGAUUUGAAUCUAGCAAAAUAUUUUGAAAAGAAUACAGUAACAAAUAACACAUCUUCAAUAAGUUUGUCAAAAAAGCUUUCAAAGUUAAAAGGCUGUACUCAUCCCAAAGAGCAUAGACCCAUUUCAAAUUCUUCAGCAGGUAUACAUUCACUUGAGAAGAUUAAUUUAUCAGAAGAUGUUAAAAAGAAACACAUUAUUCAGGUUCACUGCAGUGAAACAACUCGUAGUGUGAUUCAAAUCCACGGUGAAAAGGAACAAAAAGAGGAAAAAGUAAUCAUGGAAAACACUGACACCACAGCACCUGCCAUGUCCUUGACAAAACACUGCCAUGUGCCUUUAAAGGAUUGCAUGGCAGACUAUUUAGGUUAUUCUAAACAUGUUGAUGUGGCUGAUAAAGGUGAUAUACAACCCUUUGACAAUCAAGUAUGCAAACAGUCUUGUAGUGAAGAAUGUAUAAUUGAUUCUGUUCAAGGGUGUAUCGUUCAGCCUACCAUCUCAGAGACUGUAAACAUUUGUGAAAGUGCAGAACGUGAGAAAACUGCUGCGUUGGAAGAUGAAGGAACUGUAAACAAUCACAGAAUCAAAAACGUGAACACAGAGGUCACCGGAGACAAUUUGAAUCGUGAAAACAAAAAAACGGAAAUUGGAUCAUCUUCAUCUGGUGCGCAAAUCAAAUCCGAUUGGGUGAGCCAUUACGAUAGUUUGUUGGAAAAAAGGGUCUACGUGAAUUUAAAAACAGGAUUAAGCAGCUACAAGCCGCCACCUUCAGCUGAUCUUCAGGUUGCAUGCGUCCAAGGAUUCUGCACCAUGAAUGUUUUAGUCGUCAACUCAUCUGGGCGUUCAUCCAGCUGUCAGCCAUUUAUCACCGACUGCGCGCAGCCGUUUCUACCGCGGCCCAAGGAGAAACGGUUACGCAACUUUGGCAAAAAUCACACUGGCGGAAACGGGUCUGACUCUACUUUAACGGAGGAAUGGAAACGGCACGUGGCAGACUGUAACGCUGAGGUCGGCAGCAAGUGGAAGGAAGGAGAAACAAAACAUGGUGACGAUUCCAGCAUAAAUUCAGUUAAAGCCUUGUUUUCCGAAUGGGAAAAUCCAGUGUUUUAUCGACCUCCAGAAGUAGCAGUGGAUACUAUUGCAAAUUCAAUGAAUGCAAAGGCUGUCAAAGUUCAUAAUAUUCUGAACCCAUUCAAGUUUACAAAAGACAUGUUUGCCUCUCUGCAGGUGAUUCAGCAAGUUGACAAGAAGUUUAUUGUCUGUCUCUGUACCGAUAAGGGACCUGAAAGACAAAAAGAUCUGAAUAUUCUCAUUCUGGUGGAUCAGCAUGCGGCCCAUGAGAGAGUACGACUAGAGCAACUGACAGCUGAACUCUUUGAAGUGCCUGAGGAUUCUGCUGAUGUUGGAAAAAGAGUGAUGAGAACAUCACUGGUUGUGCCUCCCAUGGCAUUAGAGUUUAAUUGUCACGAGAUCAACCUCAUAAGGUCAUACCAAGGGCACUUGGAGAGGCAUGGGCUGCAGUUGGCUUUCCCAGCUGAGGCCGCCGUGGUGCAUGUGACCGGAGUGCCAGUGUGCCUGGUGGAGCGUGAGACUGGAGAGGCUCGUCGUGGCCGGCCACCCAUCACGUGCACCAUUCUCGAGGAGCUGAUUAGAGAAGAACUUGAGCUGCUGCAGCAGACUGGAGGUGCCGGGGGAACGUUGCCUCGAGCCAUUGUCAGGAUUCUCAACUCCCAGGCCUGUCAUGGUGCUGUGAAGUUUGGGGACAAGCUCUCCUGGGAUGAGUGUGCAAGUUUGAUGCGUGAUCUAGCCAAGUGUCAGCUGCCCUUUCAGUGUGCCCAUGGACGUCCAGCCAUGAUGCCCUUAGCCAAUCUUCACCAUCUGCCUGUAGUGUGCAACAUGCAGAAGCCGUGCAAGCCAAAUCUAUCAGGACUGAGAAAACAGAUUGGAUUACCAAAGAGUGUCGAGACGAAAGACUAAAUUUCAUUAUUUGCAUAAUGAGAUAUCGAUCAUUUGUAUGAAAGCAGCACUUUUGUGUGUUAUUUUUGGUAUUUGUGGGAAUACAGUGCAAUACAGUAUUAUAUUAAGAUUAAAGAAUGGAAAAGAUAUAUUCAUUUAGAGAAAAGCACUUGUUGAUAUUUAGUGGUAUGAAUUGGAUUAUGUAAAUACUGUCUGCAAUUAUUACUUUCUAAUUUUAAAGAAUGUAUAUUUCCAGUGAUUGAAUAUUUAUAUUUUGCUUUUUUAUUAUAAAACUAAUUUAAAAUAACCCGAGUAGCUAGUACUAUUUGCUGAACUCAUGGAGUGUUGAGAAUAAGUUUUUGGAAAGGUAAUGUUUUCACUGUCAUAAGUUAUACCUCCAAUAAAAAAAAAUACUUUCAUAUUGUGCGUAUUUACAGUAUACACUUCCAUGUACUUAUAAUCUUUUGUUGACGAGUUGUGUUAAGGGUUAUUUUGUUUUUUGUAGUUUUAUUGCACAUACAAUGUAAAAAAAAUAAUUCAAAACAUGGUACAUGUGAGCCGUUUCAGGUAUAUUGAAAAUUAGUUAUGAAACACAUUUCACCAACUCUCCAAAAACCCUUGUACAGUAUUUUGUCAUCAUUGAAUCAGGAUUCACAUUUUUCUACCAGAAUUUAACUCUGCAACGUUGACGUUCGACCUGGAAAUGUCAUCCUUGUUUUGAUACGAGCGUUUCUACUGUAUACAUAAACUUUGUGUGUUUGUGUACCACAAGAGUUCAAAUAAAAUUGCGUCAAAA